AGCUCUCCUUUAUUACCUUUUAACUUUACUCACCCUAUAUGAUAUCAGUUAUGAUUCUUGCUAACUGUUGUUUGUCUAAUUUUCUAUCACCAUUUGCUGUUUCACCCAAUAAGUUAUAACUAAACAACCAGAAGACUUGGAACCAAAGAAGAAGAGUCCAAUUUAUUUGAAAAUUUCUCCUUACAAGUCAAAGAGGGAUUUGGGCGACUUUCACUUAUACAAAGAAACCUUGGUUUGUAUUUACCAAAACGGGCAAAUUUAAACUUCAAGUAUCUACUAUAUUACGUUUUGAUAUUAUUUCUAAAUAUUUCAAGGUUUCUUAUUUUAGAAUUCAAAGAAUUGAUGUUACAAAAAAAAAAAAAUUGAUAUCUAAAAACAGAAGAAUGGACAAAGGAAAGGAAAAGAAAGACCUCAGAGUGACAAAAGAGCGAAAAACAUGGCGAGCCUCUGCUUCAUUAUUUGGAAGACGCAAGAUCCAGAGGACCAACAUCAAACUCUCUCUCUCUCUCUCUCUCUGCUUCAACACGUCAAACAAGACGAAACAUUUUGUGUCAAGAGAGAGGAUCUAUGGCGAAGAUCAGAGCGGAUGCUCCGGUGGAGACUCCUCCUCGGAUGAGUGAGGUGGUGGGAGAGAUUGACACUCGUCCUCCCUUCCAAUCCGUUAGAGACGCCGUUAGUUUAUUCCGUCAAGCUAGCUUCUCAAAGCAGCAACAACCGCGUCUCUCCUCCUCAUCCUCUCAGGACGCAACGGAUGUGUCGGAGAAAGAGACGCAGCUUCUGCUAGCAGAACAAGAAAUGGGCAGAGUCCAGCUCUGUCUCGAUACCUCUGUCAAAGCCAAAGCAAGAGCUCUCUCUGCUCUCGACUCUGCACAGCGAAAGGCCUUUGACUUGAGGGCUAAACUAGAAGCCACCAAACAUUCCAAAAAAUCAGCCAUCCUAACCAAACACACAAUGAACCAACGGUUAGAAGAACUCCAAUCCCAAAACCAAGAAACAGAGCGCGCAAGAGAGGAUUACAUUUUAGCCACCGCGGAGCUACUCAUGGCGAGGCAAAAGCUCGCGGAGAUAAAACAAGAGUUCAGCAUUUCCGUGGAAGAGAGGCUAUCAGAGCUUCAAAGAGCAGAUGAAGCAGAGUGCGCAACAGUGGUUAACUCCCAAAAGAUCAGUGACAUGACACAUGAGAUAGCUGAAAUGUGCAACGCUGCUGAGAGGUUGAAGUCAGGUGCUGAUAGAAUAAAAAAGGAAGAGGAAAAGAUCAACGAGGAGAGAGUGGACAUGGAAGAAACUUACGGGGAUAUGAAACGAGAGGCUGAGCUGAGGCUGGAGGAUCUGAGACGAGGUUGUGACCCUGAUUUGAGGAAAGAUAUAGAUGAGCUGGAGGAGAUAUCUGCGGAGAACGAGCUUUUACGAGAGGAGAUCAAACUUGCUAUGGAGCUCAAAGAGGCCAAGAGCGCCAUGCGUGAGAUUUUUGAUGAAGAAAGAUCAUACAGAAGCUUGGUGGGAUCGCUCACGGUGGAGUUGGAUGGUGUGCAGAGAGAGAACAUAGAUCUGAAGGGAAAGGAAAACGAGAGAGAAGCUUUUGAAGAAGUAGAAUGGGUUGAAGCAAGUCGAAAGGUCGAUGAAAUCAUCAGUGAAGCUGAGAGGACAAGACAAGAAGCGGAAGAGAUGAGGAUGCAGGUGGAUGAACUCAGGAGAGAAACAUCAGGCAGGCGUACAGUGAUGGGUGAAGCAGUGAAGCAGCUAGAGAUAGUUGGAAGAGCUGUGGUGAAGGCGAAAACCGCGGAGAAGAGAGCCGUGGAAGACAUGAGAGUACUUACUGAUAAGAAGGAGAGUUUGAAACAUGAUGAGCCUGAUAAGAAGAUUAGAAUAUCAUUGAAAGAGUACGAGGAGUUGAGAGGGAAGCAUGAAGAGUCAGAGAGAAUGGUUCAGUACAAGGCCAAAACGGUUGCUGUUCAGCUGGAAGAGAUCAAGGAGAGCAGAGUAGAAGGAGAGAUAAUGUUGGAGGAGAAGAUGAAAGAGAUGGAAGAGGUAGAGGAGGCUAUUGAUUCUGCGUUGAGAAACGCAGAGAUCGCAGAGGAAGCACACUGCAUCAUCGAUGCUGAACUUAGAAAAUGGAAACCACAAGAGUUGUAGCAGAUGCUAUUGAUGUUUAGGUUUUUAGACAAGUACUAGAAUAUGGGCCAUAUAUGUUUUUUUUUGGGAUAAAUUGAUAAUUACUCAGAGUUGUUCAUAAGUGCGAUAACACUGAAACAAAGACUUGAAAAAUAGAUUUUCAAGGGCAUCUUUGUUCUCUUCAUGUUAGAAUGUUAAACUGGACACCAUACCAUAGUGGACAACCACAUGCAUACAUGAUACAACCGUCAUUUCUAGGUUAAUUUUUUUUUCAUAUGGUCAUUUCUAAUUUUUCAGAUUCCAUUUUGCAUGGUUUGAACGUAAACAUCUAGAAAAUGUAUAGAUGGGAUUUAAACCAUUACAUCACAACUAACAUCUAAAACUUGAUAUAGCUAAUUUUAUUAUAAAGUAUAUUUAGCACAUUGAACAAUUGUUUAUGGGACUUAAAUUGGUCCUAGUCGUGUCACUACAAGAAAACACAAGAUUAACGAUGAAAAUUAACGAGGAAAACUGGUCCUCGUAAAUUUACGUUGACUUUACGAGAAUCUUACAAGGAAAUUUACAAUCAACGUUAGUUCGUCGUAAAAUAACGAGGAAACGAUUUCCUCGUAAAAACCACGCAAGGUAACUUCGUUUUUACGAGGAAAAACUGUUUCCUCGUAAGCUCGACGUAAAAGUAGCAUCUUCUUUACGAGGAAAUAGUUUACAUUUACUUAACGAAGAAUUUUCGAGUCCACCCACUUUGUAAUUGUAACACGUUUUUUGUUUCGGCUACCUUACUAAAUUCCACAUAAUCACGAGUAAUGAAAAUGAUGAUGUUUCUGGUGAUGACGAAAAUGUCGAUGUAUCUGACUGAUGUAUUUGUGUUUUAAUAUGACUGAUUUUCAGACUUAAUCCAUGUGAUUUGAUGGAUUUAAUCAUGAAAAUCUAUUUAUAUAAUUUAAUUUUAUGUAAUGGGGUUUGAAUUAGAAAGAAGAGAUUGAGAUUAUUAGUUAAGGAAUUGUGGUUUUAGAAUUUGGGGUUUAGAAUGGAUAGAAGAGAUUGAGGUUAAAGGGAGGAUGGGGUUGGGGUUGGGGUUUGGGGUUUCGGAUUUUAGGGAUUUAAACGUAAACAUAGUUAUUUCCUCGUAAAUUAACGAGGAACUUACGACGAUUCUUAAAAAUAAAGAACGCGGCACUCGUUAAUUCCACGUAAGCAGAAAUCGUCGUAAAGACCUCAUAAUAAAAAAACGAUGGCCUCGUUCAUUCCUCGUAAAAAUAAAAGCGGGCCUCGCUAAUUCCUCGUAAAUUAACGACGAUGUAACGAGGAAACGAAACGGGAAUAAAUUGGUUUGCCGUGAUCAAAGUUACACCUCGUGGACAAAUCAUCAGUGGAGAAGAACCACCAUUGCAAGAAGAACAGAUAGAUGAAGUUGAGGUACCUGAACAACAAAUUGAUGACAUCCUUCUCAUUGAUCCGCAUAAUCAUGAGUACGAAGAUAUUACUGACGAUGCCACGGACGAAGCUGUUGAAGACGAGUUUAAUGAAAAUGAUGAUGUUUCUAGUAAUGACGAGAAUGUCGAUGUAUCUGAUUGAUGUAUUUGUGUUUUAAUAUGAUUGAUUUUCAGAUUUAAUGCAUGUGAUUUGAUGGAUUUAAUCAUGGAAAUCUAUUUAUAUAAUUUAAUUUUUGUAAUGGGGUUUGAAUUAGAAAGAAGAGAUUGAGAUUAUUAGUUAAGGAAUUGUGGUUUCAGAAUUUGGGGUUUGGAAUGGAUAGAAGAGAUUGAGGUUAAAGGGAGGAUGGGGUUGGGGUUUGGAAUAUAUGAAGUAGAAGAUAAGGAAGAUAAGGAAGAAGGGGUUUGGGGUUUCGGAUUUUAGGGAUUUAAACAUAAACGUAGUUAUUUCCUCGUAAAUUAACGAGGAACUUACGACGAUUCUUAAAAAUAAAGAACGUGGCACUCGUUAAUUCCACGUAAGCAGAAAUCGUCGUAAAGACCUCGUAAUAAAAAAAUGCGGGCCUCGUUCAUUCCUCGUAAAAAUAAAAGCGGGCCUCGCUAAUUCCUCGUAAAUUAACGACGAUGUUACGAGGAAACGAAACAUGGACCUCGCGAGUUCCUCGUAAAUAAAAACACGGGCCUCACGAGUUCCUCGUAACUUUACGAGGAAUUUACGACAUUUCAUAAUUUCCUAUAUAUACACGCGAGUUCUCACUUCCCAUUUCGUCUCAACUUCCUCUCCCUUUUGUAGCUAUGGUACGCUCUCUAUUUCCUCUCUAAUUUGAUUAGUUUAGGUAGAUUAGGUGGUUAGUGUAGGAAAUUUAGAUAGUUUUACGGAUUUUAUGUUAAUUAGUGUUGAUUAGGUGGUUAAUGUAGAGAACUUAGUUAGAUUUAUAGAAUUUGUUAAUUAUUGUUGAUGUUAAUUUUAGGCGAAUCAUCAUCCGUCACACAUGCCGACGCGGAUGUAGAGAGGAGGAGUGAGGAAUUCUACCGGGGAUGAACGACCCUUAGUUUUUUUUUUUUUCAAUGGUUGUAUUAUAAAUUCAAAAAUUAUUUAUGUAUAAAUUAUUUUCGUAUUUAAUAUUCUUUUUAAAUUAGAUUUUUAUUAAAUAAUUAAAUACAUUGUUUUUUUUUAAUCUGGAAAAUAUAAACUCAAAGUAAAUUCGUAGCUAAAUUACGACAACCUUACGUGGAAAUUUUACGAGGAAUUAACGAGUAAAAUAUUUACGUCAACACUACGAGGAAAGAUUAACGAGUAUUUGACGUGGAAACAUUUACGUGUUAUUUACGAGGAAAUGUUUUCAAGGUAUUUACGAGGAAAUAUAGCGUCCCCCUUACGUGGAAGGGUUACGUGGUUUUUACGACGAAUACUUUGCUUCGUCUUUACGAGGAAAUGUUUUCUCGUUAGUUUACGACGAAUUAGCAAGGAAAUAUGCGUUACGACGAACAAAUAACGACGAAACGUGUUUCCUCGCUAGUUCCUCGUAAAACUGAUUUUACGACGAACUUACUACGAAUUUCGCCGUCGUUAAUGUUGUGUUUUCUUGUAGUGUGUAACAUUAAAAUCAUAUCCUCAAAACCUUGCAGAAAUUGGUCUCCUAAUCUUUUACAGAUGUAAAUAAUACGUUUAUAUUGAUGUAGCUCUCUUUGUUCUCAAAUGUAACAAAAAUUUGUGUAUUAUUUACGUAUAAAGGAAGUUUAAUUAGCGGUGAAAAUUACAAAACUUUGAUCUAGUAUAGUGUGAGAAUUUUAAAUCUUACACAUUGAAGGUAAUGUGACGUUCACAAAAAGAUGACUUCUCGGAUGCAAGAUUGUAUAUAUGAAAGAUGUUUUUAACUUGCUAACGGUAAGAUAUAAUGACACAAUUAACCAAAAGAAAAUUGAAAACAUGAUUGUGUAUUAUAUCACAAAUAGAGAUGUACAUGCAUUGCACACUUCAGGAACAUGAUUAUGGGCUUGGAUGAGCAUGAUAAUGAGUAGAUGUUAAGGCUUAAACGUGAAGCAAUGUUGAUGAAGAUUGCAGCUAGGCAGCUGGCUAUGCUGAUGACUCACUUGGAGAGUAGUCAGAGCAAUGAAGAAAUUAAGCCAAAGAGGUGAAUUGUUAGUAUUUACACUGGUUAGUUAUUAUGUGAUGCUUAUUUUAUGUUCUUUUUAGAUAUGACAAGGUUUAAUUAAAAAGUUUUAGGCUGACUUCUAUAAGUAAGAUUUGGUUGGCAACUUGUUUACUUCAACAUUUCUUUAACUAAAUAGCUUAGUAUGUGUUGAAAAAAUAGUUUAUAAAACAAUUUAAAAGAGUAUAAAAGUUUAAAUAAUUUUACCAAUAACCAUUUCAUUCUCUAAUACAAAACCAUGAUGAAGCUGAAGCCGUUGUGUAAUCAUUAAUACGGUGGCCGCGGGAUAUGUUUAUUAUUACGGUGGCUGCAGGAUAUGUCUAAAGGGAGACUUAUGUGAUUUUAGUCACAAUGAAUAUCUCUUUCGCAGACGGGAAAACGAAGUAUGUAAUACUGAUCUCUUCAUGUCUUCCGUAGGUGGUGACGCAGGCUUGUAGAGCUUUCAAGCACUAUGUCGGAGUAACGUCGCAGGAGAAUCACAGUGCAUUCUCAAAAAAAUGCACAGCUUAGGUAAGGAUGAACAUAGAAAAUCUCAAACAAUUCAGAAUUAAUAUCUUCAUCAAAGUUGGACUUCAAGCGCUUAAUUCCAUGUAGUGUCUUCACAUGUAUCAAUAUAAAAUAAUUAAAGUAUAUUUAUAUUAAUAAGAAGAGAAUAGAAAACAUACUGUAUUGAGAUGUGUCUGCAUCAUCUCGCAAUUGGAAUGACCAUGUUUCAUUAAUAUUUGGACUCAUUCUUCUAGUUGUAUAUUAUAUCUCAAAUAGAGAAGUACAAGCAUUACACAUUUCAUAUUUUCAAAGUCAGGAACAUUAUUAUCGGCUUAGAUGAGAGCAUGAUAAGGAGGAGAUGUUGAGGCUUAAACGUGAAGCGGGGCUGAGGAAGAUUGCAACUUACUGUAUUGAGAUGUGUUCGCAUCAUCUCGCAACUGGAAUGACCAUGUUUCAUUAAUAUUUGGACUCAUUCUUCUAGUUGUAUAUUAUUAUCAAAGUAUACAAGCAUUACACACGUCAUAUUUUCAAAUUAAGUCAGGAAUAUAAUAUCGGUUUAGGUGAGCAUGAUAAGGAGGAUAUGUUGAUGCUUAAACGUGAAGCGAGGCUGAGGAAGAUUGCAACUAAGUAGUUGGUUAUACUGUAUUGAGAUGUGUCCGCAUCAUCUCGCAACUGGAAUGACCAUGUUUCAUUAAUAUUUGGACUCAUAUACUUCUAGUUGUAUAUUAUAUCUCAAAUAGAGAAGUACAAGCAUUACACACUUCAUAUUUUCAAAGCCAGGAAUAUUAUUAUCGGCUUAGAUGAGCAUGAUAAGGAGGAGAUGUUGAGGAAGAUUGCAACUAAGCGGUUGGUUAUGCCGAUAACUCACUUGGAGGGAAGUCAGAGCAAUGAAGAAGGGUAAACCAAAGGAGGUGAGCGAUUAGUUUAUUGUGUGUUAAAAAUGAUUUAUAAAACAAUUAAAAAGAGUAUAGAUAAAUUAUAUAUGUUAUUUUUCUAUAUUUUUUUAAAGGGUGUACUACACUAUUCACUUAUAAUAUGAUUGCACCAAGUUACCAAUUACAAUUUCUAUGAACCCACAUCAAUCGACCUGAGCUCACUGCAUUAUGCACCAAUUAAAAAUCCAAUUCUACAAUCUGAGUUCUUAAAAGAUAACUGGAUAAAGCUUCAACACAAACAAUUCACCAUUUUACGUGCAUCUAAUCUAUUAAUUUACGGAUCUAUUUUUAUCUACUACUUGAAGUUGUCAUUUAAGUUUUGGCCUCUUUCAUAAAUAUUACUAGAAUAUAUCACACUACUUUAUAAAUGGAACAUACCUACUUAAACUUAACCGAAAUUUAAUCAGUUUCAUAUUUAAAAUAACUUUGGUUAUCUCUUAAUAGAAAUAUAUCAUACAAAACAAAACCACCCUUAUACUAAUCAAUACACGACUCAUUUAUAAUUGUGUCUUCAGUACAAAACCGUGUAUGCUUAUGUUCAUAUCACCAAUUUCACCUGCAUCUAGCCUUUAGUCAUAUAUAUUAGAUGUUUCUUCAAUACUCAUUCUAUAUGGACGUCAUGUUUGUAGACAAAACUGUGUUUGCUUCUGUUCAUAUCACUAACUUCACCUUCAUCUAAAAUUUAAUCAUUAAUUACUCUUCACAUGCAUCAUAUAACAGAAUACGAUUCAUACAUGUAUACAAUUCAUACAUGUUUCUCCAAGAUUACGUGUAUUGCAAACAAGAAAUCCACCAAGAACAACACAUUUUUUGUUACUUUUCCUUAAUCUAUUUUUUUUAAAUAGAUGAAUAUUCUCUAACAAAUAUCAUGUUAUUCCGACCUUAAUAUUUAUCACCUUCCCAACUACAUUCAGAUUCCAUAUAUAUUAUUCAAAUCAUAUUUAGAUUAGAUUUAAUCAAAUCUAUAUGUAUGUUAAUAUUUUUAACAAACUAAUUAUGAUUAGUUAUAAGCACAUCGUAUAAAGUUGUUAAAAUUAUAUAAUAAUUUUUUAUUUAAAAAAAUAAAUAUUUUAAAUUUAACAAAUGUAAGUUUAAAGUGAUCCAAGUCAAACUAUUAUACUAAAAAUGACACAAGAUUCAAUACAAAUUAACAACAUGUACAACACAAAUUAUAACAGCAUUGAAAAACUAGAUAUACUAUAUAUAAAUAUUACACAAAAUUAUAUACAAAAAUUAUAUACAUAUUAUAUACAUAUAUUAUAUACAAAAAAAUAAAAAUAAAAAUUUUACAAAUCAAUUUCCACGCUUUAGCGCAGGUUAGAAUCUAGUCUUAGUUUAAACUGCAAAGCUGCUUUUUCCUUAAGAGUUUUAUAUUUUUGACCUUUGAGUCUUUGACCACUCACAGCUCCUAUUGAGUAUUCUUUUUUUUUUUUGUAACUUCUCCUAUUGAGUAUUCAACCCUCAAAAUUCUUCUCUUUUUCUUUUUUUUUUUGGUGAAGAGACUGCAUGAUGUCUUUCAUUCAAAAUAGCGUCACGCAGUGCGAUUACUAAAUUCGGAAACGCCAUAAAGUUUGUAUAGAGCGGGUAAUAAUACACAGGUUGAUGCUUCGUUGGAUUUGCUGGAAAUUAACAAAUUCCCGUCUGUACAGAGAGAGAAGAAAGAGAUUCUCUACAAUUCUCGUCUUCAUCGUGAUUUUUCGAUUUAUUCAGCUCCAAUGUCUUACGCUUAUCUCUUCAAGUAUAUCAUCAUCGGCGAUACUGGAGUGGGGAAAUCAUGCCUUCUGCUUCAGUUCACGGACAAGAGGUUUCAGCCGGUGCAUGAUCUCACCAUCGGUGUUGAGUUUGGGGCUAGGAUGAUCACCAUCGACAACAAGCCCCUCAAACUCCAGAUCUGGGAUACCGUACUCUCGUCCUCCUCCUCUUUAAGCCUUGAAUCUCCUUUUUCAUGAAAUAUCAUUGGUGUUUGAUUUGUUCCCCAUCAUCUUUAUAUUCUUGCAGGCUGGUCAAGAAUCAUUUAGGUCUAUUACAAGAUCCUACUAUAGAGGUGCUGCAGGGGCUUUGCUUGUCUACGAUAUCACUAGGAGGGAGACAUUUAACCAUCUAGCCAGCUGGCUAGAGGAUGCAAGGCAGCAUGCUAACGCUAAUAUGACCAUUAUGCUCAUUGGGAAUAAGUGUGAUCUUUCCAGCCGAAGGGCAGUCACCACAGAGGAAGGUGAGCAGUUUGCAAAGGAGCACGGUCUUAUUUUCAUGGAGGCCUCUGCCAAGACUGCUCAGAACGUUGAAGAGGCAUUUAUUAAGACAGCGGCAACAAUAUACAAGAAGAUUGAAGAUGGUGUGUUUGAUGUGUCAAAUGAGUCGUACGGAAUUAAAGUUGGAUAUGGAGGAAUCCCUGGGCCAUCAGGUGGUAGAGACGGAUCCACACCGCAAGGAGGUUGCUGCGGCUAAUCUAUUAAUAAUGGUGUGUCUAUAUCAUCACGUAUAAAACAAUCAUCACAUAAUGAUGUGAACAAAAACUUCUGUGAUUCUUUUUUCUACUGUUGUAAAUCCAUUUUAUUUUCGAUUUGGUGACUUGUGUUCUGGUGAAGCUCGGGACGGAUUAUUAAUUUAUCUAAAAGAAGUGUGUUUGAUUA